AUGCGUUACGUCCUUGUCUCUGGUGGUGUUAUCUCAGGUAUGCUUCUGAAAACACUUGGACUCCGUGUCAGCUGCAUCAAGAUCGAUCCAUAUGUCUCGGUCGACGCAGGUCUGAUGGCCCCUGCCGAGCAUGGCGAGUGCUUCGUCUUGCGCUCAGGCUCCGAAGUUGACCUGGAUCUCGGCAACUACGAGAGAUACCUGGCUGUUACCCUGGCCGGUGACAACAAUAUCACUACCGGCAAGAUAUAUCAACACGUCAUCCAAAAGGAGCGCCGCGGCGACUACCUGGGCAAGACUGUUCAAAGCGUCCCCCAUGUCACAAAUGCGAUCAAAGACUGGAUCAAGCGAGUCUCCCGGAUUCCCGUCGACGGAUCCGACGAAGAGCCCGAUGUCUGCAUUAUCGAGCUUGGAGGCACUGUUGGCGAUAUCGAGAGCAUGCCUUUUGUUGAGGCGCUUACCCAGCUGCGUCAUGAAGCCGGAGCCGGCAACUUCAUGACCAUUCAUGUCUCCUAUGUUCCUACCAUUCACGGCGAGCAGAAAACCAAGCCAACUCAGCACGCCGUGAAGUCCGUCCGCAGCUAUGGCCUGAUCCCCGACCUUGUUGCCUGUCGAUGCGAACAGCCUCUUGCGGAGAGUACCGUUGCGAAGCUUGCGCUGCACUGCUCAGUCGAGGUCGACCAGAUUCUUGUGGUUCGCGACAUGCCAACCGUCUACCAGGUUCCCAUACUCCUGAAGCAGCAGCACCUGGUCACUCUGCUGCGCGUUAAGCUUAACCUCGCCGGCGAAUUCAUCCCUCUUGCGCGUGUGGCCAGGGGUGCUGAGCUCUGGGACCACUGGCAGUCAGUGGUAACACAGGAGCAGCAAUCUGACAUCAGCAUCGCGCUGGUGGGCAAGUACGUCGAGACACACGAUGCGUAUCUGUCGGUCGUCAAAUCUCUGGAGCAUUCUUCCAUGCACCUGCGACGCAAGCUCAAUCUGAUCUGGGUCGAUGCUGAACACCUCGAGCCGCAGACCAAGGCUGCCGAGGCGAGCAAGUACGAGAAGGCGUGGCGGGAAGUCCGAGAUGCCUCUGGAAUCAUUGUGCCAGGAGGAUUUGGCACUCGCGGCACUGAGGGAAUGAUGCUGGCCACCAAGUUCGCUCGGGAGAGCCGUGUGCCGUUCCUGGGAGUAUGCCUUGGCUUCCAAACAGCCGCUAUUCAGUUCGCGCGUGAUCUCUGCGGGAUGACGGGCGCCAACUCGGAAGAGUUCGAGGCUACUGCCAAGGAACUUGUGGUCAUCUCCAUGCCCGAGCUUGACAAGCAAAACAUGGGCGGCACCAUGCGUCUCGGGUCCAGGAAGACGAUCUUCCAGCCAAGCAGCGAGGGGGCCAAGAUCCGUGCCCUGUACGGUCAUGCUGCAGAGAUCGAGGAGAGACACCGACACCGAUACGAGAUUAAUCCGGAGUUCAUCGAUCGCUUGGAGGCUGCCGGUCUGCACUUUGUCGGAAAGGACGAGACGGGUCAGCGUAUGGAGAUUUUUGAGAUCAAUGAUCAUCCUUAUUUUGUUGGCACACAAUUCCAUGCCGAGUACCAGUCCAAGGUGCUCAACCCUAGUCCCCCGUUCCUGGGCUUCAUCGCCGCUAGCGCUGGUCUCCUCGAUGAUGUCUUGAAGGCCAGGCUCACCAACGGUGUCAACGGCACGCACCACUUUUAG